AUAAGUUGUAAUUUUCUUUCGUAAGUUUGACAACCCUGAACAUGAUGGAGACGGCAGAAUUACCAGAGGAGGCUCCUUUGAGAACGCAAUUCACUGUCGAUGAUUUAGAUAUUGAAAUAUUACCGCUUAUUUAUGAGAUUAUACGUAGCGUUGAAAAAGAUCCACAUGACACUACACAAAAAGCAAAAGAAUCACAGGAUACUAGUCAUAAGAUUUUAGAAUUGCAAAAGAAAUUGGAUUCUGCAAGAUCACAGAUUAAAAGAUUACCAGGAAUAGAGUACAGUAAAGAAGAACAGUUACAAAAAUUAGAAACGUUGCGUAAACAAUUGAGAUUGAAACGGGAGCUUCUGUUGAAGUAUCGUAAUACAUGCACAUUUGAGAUACCCAAAAUAUAAGCAGAUGCCUAUUAUAUAAUAAUAUCAUAUACAUUAAUAACAUACUUUAUCAUUCAUAUACUUUAACAACAUGCGUUUCAUAAGAGCUUUCUUUCACUACUUGUUAAAUAAUGAACAAUUAAUUAAUAAGUUAGCAGAAUCCAAACCAAUUAGGC